UAUCCUGAUUUGGCCAAGGCAACCUCUGAUGCAGAAUCUCCCCUGCCUGGACAUCUUUAUGGAGUGUUGAAUGAUAUUAGUUUAGAAGAUGAUGGUGCUAACUGUCCAAUACUUCUAGAGUUCCUUCUCUUCAGAUUGCAGCAUGGAUCUGUGUAUGCUAAACUCAAGGUAUUGAAGCUACUUGGAUACCUAGUACAACAUGGACACCCAUCAUUCCGUGAGGGACUUCAGAAGGAAGAUCGACACCUCAAAGAAGCAGCAGCUUGCCAUGGACCUUCACAACCUCUUCAAGGCAUUGAAACCUACAGACUUGUUCGUGCAGAAGCAAAGAAACUUCUAGAUUUAUUAUUUGAUGAGACUGAAGAAGACAAGUGUGAUGAUGAACCUCAGAUUCCUGUUGGUUAUGGAACAAGUGGAGUUGGUGGAAAGUUUCCAGGAUUUGGUAACACCCCAGCAAUACAAAAAAGUGGAGCUCAACAGAUAGUUGAUGGGAUAUCUGUCAUGAUGGGAAAAUUAACUCCUGGUAGCACAGUGUCAGCUCCAUCUGUUGAAAGAAAGGAUAUAAUUGCUUCUCUUCCUCGAUACCAACCUGUUAGUGUUCCGACCUCACUUUCUGUAGAAUCAAAGUGGCUUGAGGAAACUUCAUCAAGACCGGUACCAAGGCCCAGGAAACUAAUGCAAG